AUGACGAGCAUCGGAAAGACGAGUGAGUUCAAGCGCGUGCAAGAAGACGAAGAGGAGUUUCAAAAGGGGCCACUGUCUGUGCUCAUGCACAGCGUUAAAAAUAAUUCGCAGGUGCUUAUUAAUGUUCGCAAUAACCACAAGUUAUUGGCUCGCGUUAAGGCAUUCGACCGUCAUUGUAACAUGGUGCUGGAGAACGUAAAGGAGAUGUGGACGGAGGUGCCCAAGUCAGGCAAGGGCAAGAAAGCAGCCAAACCUGUCAACAAGGACCGGUUUGUCAGCAAAAUGUUUUUGCGUGGGGAUUCAGUUAUUCUCGUGCUGCGAAACCCGCACGCUUAG